AUGGCUUCCUCAAUGGCUCUGAGGAGACUGGCCUCGGGCUCAGCCCUCGGUGAGGUCUUUCGCGCUGCCUCGGCUCUCCUGGCUGGCCUCACGUUCCACGGUCGACGGUCGACGCCCUGGCUGACCAUUCUCGAACGCACAGUUCUCGCGCGCAGCAAGAUGUCAGGCGCGGACGUUUUCUUCGACGCGCCCGCUCGCAUCUUCGCCAACCAGCCGCUACGGGCCAAGGAGGCUUCGGCACACGUUAGCAGCAAAUACCCCGUCAUCGACCACGAGUACGAUGCCAUCGUCGUCGGUGCCGGCGGUGCCGGUCUGCGAGCUGCCUUCGGUCUUGCUGAGGCCGGCUUCAACACUGCCUGCAUAUCCAAGCUUUUCCCUACCCGGAGUCACACCGUCGCCGCCCAGGGCGGUAUCAACGCCGCGCUCGGAAACAUGCACGAGGACGACUGGAGAUGGCACAUGUACGAUACCGUCAAGGGUUCGGAUUGGUUGGGUGACCAGGACGCUAUUCACUACAUGACCCGAGAGGCCCCCGCGUCCAUCAUCGAGUUAGAAAACUACGGCUGCCCCUUCUCGAGAACGGAGGACGGCAAGAUUUACCAGCGUGCUUUCGGUGGUCAGUCUCAGAAGUACGGAAAGGGUGGCCAGGCAUACCGAUGCUGCGCUGCCGCCGACCGUACCGGCCACGCUCUUCUCCACACUCUCUACGGUCAAUCUCUCCGCCACAGCACCAACUACUUCAUCGAGUUCUUCGCCCUCGACCUGAUCAUGCAGGAUGGUGAGUGCCGCGGUGUCCUCGCCUACAACCAGGAGGACGGUACUCUGCACAGAUUCCUCGCCCAGAACACCGUCCUGGCCACCGGUGGUUACGGCCGUGCCUACUUCAGCUGCACGUCUGCACACACCUGUACUGGUGAUGGUAUGGCCAUGGUCGCCCGUGCCGGUCUCCCCAACCAGGAUCUGGAGUUCGUCCAGUUCCACCCCACUGGUAUCUACGGAGCUGGUUGCCUGAUCACCGAGGGAUCCCGUGGUGAGGGUGGCUACCUGCUCAACUCGGAGGGCGAGCGAUUCAUGGAGCGUUACGCCCCGACUGCCAAGGAUCUUGCCUCGCGUGAUGUCGUCUCUCGAUCCAUGACCAUGGAGAUCCGCGAGGGCCGCGGUGUCGGCCCCGAGAAGGACCACGUCUACCUGCAGCUGAGCCAUCUGCCCGCCGAGAUCCUGGCCGAGCGUCUGCCUGGUAUCUCGGAGACUGCUGCCAUUUUCGCCGGCGUCGACGUCCGAAAGCAGCCCAUCCCCGUGUUGCCCACUGUCCACUACAACAUGGGUGGUAUCCCUACCAGGUACACCGGUGAGGUCCUCACUGUUGACGAGGCUGGUAACGACAAGGUCGUCCCUGGUCUCUUUGCUUGUGGUGAAGCUGCCUGUGUCUCCGUCCACGGUGCUAACCGUCUUGGUGCCAACUCUCUUCUGGAUCUGGUUGUCUUCGGCCGUGCUGUUUCUCACACCAUCCGUGACAACUUCACCCCGGGUCAGAAGCCCAAGCCUAUCGCUGCCGACGCCGGUGCCGAGUCCAUCGAGGUUCUGGACCAGGUUCGCAACUCGGAUGGCCCCAAGAGCACCGCCGAGAUCAGACUUGCCAUGCAGAAGACUAUGCAGACUGAUGUCAGCGUGUUCAGAACUCAGGAAUCUUUGGAUGAGGGUGUCAAGAAGAUUACCGAGGUCGACCAGAUGUUCCCCCAGGUUGGUAUCAAGGAUCGCAGCAUGAUCUGGAACUCGGAUCUCGUCGAGACCCUCGAGCUGAGGAAUCUGCUGACUUGCGCUACCCAAACCACCAUCGCUGCCGCCAACCGAAAGGAGUCUCGUGGUGCUCACGCCCGCGAGGACUAUCCCGACAGAGAUGACGAGAACUGGAUGAAGCACACUCUGACUUUCCAGAAGAAGCCCCAAGGCAACAUCGAGCUGGGCUACAGACGUGUCAUUGGCACGACUCUGGAUGAGAAGGAGUGCGCAGCUGUUCCUCCCUUCAAGCGUACCUACUAA